AUGGGACGCUCAAAGGACGAUGAUCGUAAGAGAAAGAGAGAGGAUCGCGACAGAGACAGAGAGAAGAGGAAGAAAGAAAAGGCGCUGAAGAAGCUGCUCGAGACGCCCGAUGAGAAGCGAAGAAGGCGGCUUGAGAAGAAAGAGAAGAAGGCCAAGAAGAGGCGACAAAAGGAGCAGGAAUCGCUGGCUGGCUACACGAACGAGGCCAAUCCCUUCGGUGAUGCUAAUUUGACGGAUCGAUUUGUGUGGAAGCUCAAGAGGGAGAAAGAGAUCGCGUCUGGCAAGGUCCAUCCCGACGAUUUUGACGAUGCUAAGACCGAACGCAUGCUGCGCGACGAGCGGCUGAGAGAACUCGAGAAGGCCAAGAAGCGCAGGGUGGAGAGGGAGAAGGAACGAGAACAAUGGGAGGCCGAGAGGGACAGAAUGGCGCGAGAGCGCGAUGGACUGAGCUACGAUGAUUGGGAGAAGCAGGAGCAGACCUUCAACCUCGAGCAGGCCAAGCGACGAUCCGAGAUCCGCAUCCAGGAGGGGCGACCCAAGCCCAUCGAUAUUCUCUACAAGAAUCUCAACAUGGACGUACUCGACCUCGAUAUUGAGCUCAACGAGCCCUACAAGAUCUUCUCCGACCUGUCGCUGCGAGAGCUGGAGGAGCUGCGCAAGGACAUCCUCAUGUACCUCCAGCUCGAUUCGCACAAGGAAUUCUGGCAAUCGCUGCGCAUCGUGUGCGACGACGAAAUCGAGCAGCUACGCCAGCGCGAAGAGGCCGAGCACCAGGCCAGGCGGCAGGGCCUCGAGGCCAGCGGCGUGCACAAGGCCGUGAGCGAGGACGUGCUGGCCGUGUUUCGAGGUAAGACCUACGAGGAUCUCAGUCGCAUGCAGUCGCAGAUCAUGGCCAAGAUCACCGCCGGCAACGCUGUCGAUCCCGAGUACUGGGAGGGUCUGCUCGCUCGGCUCGUCGUCUACAAGGCCAAGGCCAAGCUGCGCGACAUCCACGCCGAACUCCUGCGCCGCAAGCUGAGCCAGCUCGAGGCCGGCCAGAUGCUCGAGGAGGUGCGUCGCACCGUGGAGGACCAGCAGGGCCAAGACGACGAAGCGUCGACUACAGCUGCCGGCACGGGCCUCAGCAGCGGCGGCUGGGACGAACCCGAGGCCUCAGCCGCCGGCGGCGGCGGCGAAGACGACGACGAAUGCCUCAGUCCCGAGCUGGUGAACGAGACCGACGACGUCGAGGUGGUCGAUCCCGAGCUCGACAAGCAGCGGCUCGAGGAGGAGCGACAGCGCAUCAUGGAGCGCGAGGCCAAGAAGCUCCAGGAGAGCUCGCUCGCCCUCACGUCGCCCGCGGUCAAGCUGUCCGACGCCGAGCUCUACCAAAUCGAGUCCGAGCGAUCGAUGGACGAGAACGAGGAGACCUUCAGCACCGAGGUGGCGCUCGAGGGCAAGAAGUACUGGUGGCAGGACAAGUACCGCCCGCGCAAGCCCCGGUACUACAACCGCGUCCACACGGGCUACGAGUGGAACAAGUACAACCAGAGCCACUACGACCACGACAACCCACCGCCCAAGACUGUCCAGGGCUACAAGUUCAACGUCUUCUACCCCGAUCUCAUCGACAAGCAGAAGGCCCCGCGCUACUUCAUCGAACCCAGCGACUCGCCGGACACCUGUAUCAUACGCUUCCACGCCGGCCCGCCGUACGAAGACGUCGCGUUCAAGGUCGUGAACAGAGAGUGGGAGUACUCGCACAAGAGGGGCUUCAAGUGCGUGUUCGACCGAGGCAUCAUGCACCUGUGGUUCAACUUCAAGCGCUACAGAUACAGGCGCUGA